GAGCGGCCGGCGGUAGGCGCCUGCGCCCGGGGACGGGCGGGGCGGCAGAGCGCGGAGGCGGCGGCGAGCGGGCGGCCAUGGCCAAGCACACCGUGUCGUCCGCCCGCUUCCGCCGGGUGGAUGUGGACGAGUACGACGAGAACAAGUUCGUGGACGAGGAGGACGGAGGCGACGGGCAAGCGGGACCCGACGAAGGCGAGGUGGAUUCGUGCCUCAGGCAAGGGAACAUGAUGGCCGCGCUGCAGGCGGCUCUGAAGAAUCCGCCCAUCAACACGAAGAACCAGGCCGUGAAGGAUCGUGCAGAAAGUAUUGUCCUGAAGGUCCUCAUCUCAUUCAAAGCCAACGAUAUCGAGAAGGCAGUCCAGUCCCUGGAUAAGAAUGGUGUUGAUCUGCUAAUGAAAUACAUCUACAAAGGCUUUGAGAGCCCCUCUGACAACAGCAGUGCUGUGCUGCUGCAGUGGCAUGAGAAGGCGCUGGCUGCUGGUGGAUUGGGGUCCAUCGUCCGUGUGUUGACUGCCAGGAAAACGGUUUAACUCCAGCAGCAAAUGGCUGUUUGCUCUCCGUGGUGUGGGAAAUGCUGGUGCAAAACCCACCCAGAUGCCAUUGCUGCCCUGUGGGCAGCACCUGUCUCUCAGCUUGCCUUCUCGCUGCUUCUUUCGUACCUGACAAGUAAUGCAUAUCGUGAUCUCUUUUUGUUAAACUCUGGAAAAUUAUGAAGGUGCAAUUUUAUUUCUAACAGGACUAUUUGGUACUCGAGCAUUUCAGUGACACGCAUAGCUACAUUGACAACAUGUUUAGAUUGAUUUGUAUUUGUGUAUAAUUAUGGCAGAUUUGGGCCUGACUUUCCACACAAGUGCUGAGGGACGUAGGGCAAUGUCUUAAUCCUUUUUGCUAGCCAAGCAGUGUUCUGAUGUAAGAUAAAUAUUUGAAAAGUGGGGCAGCUGCAAACGUUGGUAACUGGACCAUGUUUCCUUUGGUCAGCCUCCGAGCCUACAGCAGUGAGUAGGACAGAAAAGAGCAGCUUCCCUCUGACCAAUCGUCAUUCCAGUAAGCCAGGUAUUUUCCUUAACCUCACACCUCGUGGCCUGUUCCGACGUGCUGUGCUCAGUCAGAGGCCAGGUGAACAGCAGGCAGAUCACAGCAAGGGUGGAGCUGUCCUUCCUGCGCUUCGUGUGCUAGAAUUUAAAGGUCCAUUUACACUGGAGCCCAGUCCAGGAAGCUUUUUAUUGUGGGAACUAAAGAUCCUACACAGGAGAAGAAAAGGGACGUAGUCUUGAGGCUUACCAGACAGUUGACAUUCCUGCUGUACCACAGCGCAUUAGUAGACAAAUGAAAGUUCCAAAAUAAAGAGGAGUAUUUUAAAAAGGAAUUAAGGAAGCCCUGGGCAUCCCAGCCCACAGCUCACCACUGAAGGUUAGGGCCAGGACUGAGACACACAGUUUUACAUUUGCCAUUUUACAACAGUUCCGUUGUGUGAAACGGUUGGGGGACUUGUAAACUCUUUGCUGUUUUUUGAUAUCUGCUUUUUUUUUUUUUUUUUUUUUUUUUUUU